GGGAUCCGGACCCGCUACCCACUCCCGGGACCGUUCCGGAGGCAGAGCCGGGUGCACGCCGGCCGCCCAGUUUUCUCCUCCUGCGCCCGAGGCGGCGGGCCGAGGGCGUACGGGCCCGGAGUCGGGAUGCCGGAAGGACCGUCUGUGAGGAAGUUCCACCACUUGGUCUCCCCCUUUGUGGGGCAGCAGGUGGUCAAGACAGGGGGCAGCAGUAAGAAGCUAAACCCUGCCAGCUUUCAGUCCCUGUGGCUCCAAGACAACCAGGUCCAUGGAAAGAAAUUAUUCCUUAGAUUUGAUCCAGAUGAAGAACUUGGGUCCCUUGGCAACAAGUCAGUGCCAGAGCCUCUGCAGGAAGGAGAGAAGAAGGAAGAGGCUGAGGACCAAAAGCAGGCCUUGGGGCCCAGCAGCCAGGAAGUCUCUAACCGGUCCUCUGUGUCCCUGGAACGUGUCGCUCCCAGUGGAGACUACGGGUUGGAGUGCUUGCGGGGAGGCCCUCCUACAGAAGGUGCUGGGAGGUGGCUGCAGGUCAGCUUUGGUUUAUUUGGCAGCAUUUGGGUGAACGAGUUCUCCAGAGCGAAGAAAGCGAACAAGAGGGGUGACUGGAGGGACCCCAUUCCAAGGUUGGUCCUAUACUUUGGCGGUGGCGGCUUCCUGGCAUUUUAUAAUUGUCAAAUGGCUUGGAGCCCUUCCCCAGUGGUCAGACCCACCUCUGACAUCUUGUCUGAAAAGUUCCAUCGAGGACAAGCCUUGGAAGCUCUGAGCCGGGAGCAGCCUGUCUGCUAUACACUGCUGGAUCAAAGAUACUUCUCGGGUUUAGGGAACAUCAUUAAGAACGAAGCCUUGUACAGAGCUGGGAUCCAUCCCCUUUCUCUGGGUUCCCUCCUCAGCCCUCCGCGUCUGGAGGCCCUGGUGGAUCAUGUGGUGGAGUUCAGUGCAGACUGGCUUCGGGGCAAGUUCCAGGGCAGACAGCAGCACACGCUGGUCUACCAGAAGGAACAGUGCCCUGCUGGGCACCAGGUUAUGAAAGAAGCCUUUGGGCCUCCCGGUGGCUUCCAGAGGCUCACCUGGUGGUGCCCGCAGUGCCAGCCCAGGCUGCCACCUGAUGAGCAAGAGCAGGGCCAGCUCUCCUCCGGCUCUCAGGCCCCUUCUUCCCAGCAGUUUGCCCUGCAGGGGCUGUGAUUCCCUUGUGCCAUGAAAGGGGGCGUAUUGGGGACUGGGCACAGGAAGUGGAGGGCAGGGUGGGGAGGGGGAUUUCAGUACCCCUGCUGUCCAUCCCUCUGGUGUUCUGUCUAAGGCGCAUCCUACAGGGUUAGAUUUUUUCUCUUCUCUAGUUUUGGUUCAUUCUUCCUAUCGAAUUCUUCAUUGUGAAAGAUGAGAACGCUCAUGACAGUGGUAAAGGGAGAAACCUCCCAGAGGGACAGUGAAAAUGAUAGUGUACAGAGAACAGCUGUGCCUCCACAUUGCUUUGCAAGCCUUGGGUUUUGUUUUUGAAACCUUGGUAGGUUUUCAGGCCCUCCACUGGAGAAAUCGGAAACUGGAAUUGUAUUUCUUUGUUCCCCUGGAGGGACCCAGGGAUGAGGAUGGAGGGACACAGGGAUGAGGGUACUGGUCCACCUGGAUCCUUUCCUUUGGGAGGGAGACCCUGAUAGAAGGGGGAGGGGGAGGAAGAGAGGGACCAGGGAAUUGGCCACCUUCCUGCCGUGCCUGGAAUUUAGAGAAAAGCUACUUAUUUCCUCCUCAAGGUGAUAUAUUUGUGACUGUUGAUACGUUGAACAGCACAGGAAUGAAGGAUUAUAGAGACACAUUGUCAGGUUGUUAGCAACAUCUCAAAGGAACUAGGACAGUGACGUGAAAAUAAAGCUCUUUGGCGUUUUC